GGUUGGUGAGAUAGGUUGGUUGGUGAGGCAUAGUGCAUACAAGUCAUAAUUUAUUAUCCAUGACUUCAAGUCUUACAUUAUGCGGGAAAUAUUAUUUUAAGUUAUAUAGAUAAACUAUAAAUUAGGAUAAUUUUGGGUUCUAUAUACUGUGGUUUAAAGUAGGAUCUCAUGAAACAUCAAACAACAGUGAUUAAUAGUUAUAGUACUUUCCUUUCUUUUCUUUUUUUAAUAGAAAUUUUGUGAUUUUUUCAAUAUAAUUUUGUUGGUUGAUUUUUUUGAAUAGAAAUUUUUAGAUUUGUUGCUGUUCUUUUUUAUAUACAUACAUAUUGUAUUAGCAAUAAUCUCAUAUAUUAUUUAUUGUUUAGCUGAAUUAUCAUGAUUAAUUUUUUUCUUUUUCAAUGAGGCAUAACUUUUUUAGCCCCCACCAAUUAUUUGUGUUUGGGUCCGCCCUGAUGUAUAUGUGCCUUAAGUAUUAACCAUCUAUCUAUUCAAUCAUUUGUAAGAAAAGGAAAUUUAGAGGAUGAAGAACGGUGAAGGCAAAGUAGUGUGUGUAACUGGUGCUUCCGGUUAUAUUGCUUCAUGGCUUGUCAAAUUUCUCCUUCAACGUGGUUACACUGUUAGAGCCACUGUUCGUGAUCCAAGUAAUCCUAAUAAGGUUGAUCACUUGCUUAAACUUGAUGGUGCAAAGGAAAGAUUGCAAUUCUUUAAGGCAGAUUUACUAGAAGAAGGUUCAUUUGACUCUGUUAUUCAAGGAUGUCAUGGUGUCUUUCACACUGCUUCACCUGUUCAUUUCGUUUUCGACGACCCUCAGACACAAUUAAUUGAUCCUGCCGUGAAAGGAACUCUUAAUGUUCUUAAGUCAUGUGCGAAAUCACCAUCCGUGAAACGAGUUGUUUUAACUUCUUCCAUUGCCGCGUCUUUAUAUAAUGGAAAACCUCGAACUCCAGAAGUUGUAGUUGAUGAGACAUGGUUUUCAAAUUCAGAUUUCUUAAGAGAAAAUAAGAUGUGGUAUCAAUUUGCAAAGACUUCAGCUGAGGAAGCUGCCACAAAAUUUCUAACAGAAAACAACAUUGACUAUGUUGUUAUGAAUCCAGCAGUGUCGAUAGGGCCUCUCUUGCAACCUGAAAUUAAUGAAACUUCCACUUUACUUCUUGACUUAAUAAAUGGUUCAGAAACAUUUAUGAAUGCUGCUUUUGGAUGGAUCAAUGUGAAAAAUGUUGCAAACGCUCAUAUUCAGGCAUACGAGGAUGCUUCGGCUAGCGGAAGAUAUUGUUUGUGUGAAAGAGUGAUACAUUUCUCCGAUCUUUCAAAAAUUUUGAGGCACAUGUACCCGACAUUACAAAUUCCAGAUAAGUGUGCAGACGAUAAACCUUUGAUGCAAACAUUUCAAGUUUCGAAAGAAAAGGCAAAGAAAUUAGGAAUUGAAUUUAUUCCACUGGAAGUGAGCCUCAAAGAGAUCAUAGAAAGUUUCAAAGAAAAAAAGUUUGUUAACUUCUAAUUUGUGAUACUUCGUUUAGGAAAAUAAGUUGUUAAUCGUAAUGAAGAUUUGUUUUGUUUGCUGCUAA